AACAUGAAAUCAACAAAAAUGUUUUCACUAAAGAACUUGAUUGUGUGCUGCUACUUAAUAACUUUUUUCGCAUAUGGCAUAAAUGGUGGUGGGAUAAAAGGAAAAUUUCAUAAUGGAGAACUAGUUGAAGCUGAAGCUAUACCUUAUCAAGUUUCUUUGCAACAGAGGGGAUUUCAUUUUUGUGGUGGUUCAAUUUUAAAUGAAAAGUGGGUAUUGACUGCUGCACAUUGUUUUAAAGAUAUAGAUGUUUCUCAAGUUUUUAUUGUGGCUGGCACAAAUGAUCGUACACGAGGACAAAGACACAAAUUAGAUAAAUCCUUCAGACAUAGAAAUUAUUAUGAAAACCAAGAUCGUGAGAAUGACAUAGGUCUUAUUAAAAUUUCUGGCAAAUUUAUAUAUUCCUCUACAGUAUCUCCUAUUUCUCUACCCAAUAGGAAUAUGCUUAAGAAUAAUAAAAAUGUUGUUAUAACUGGAUGGGGCCAAACAGGAACUCAUGAAGGUUCUCCAAAUCAGUUACAAUUUAUAAAUAGUAAAAUUUAUGAUCAUUCAUUGUGUAAACAACAUUAUCCAAAUUUACAAACAUAUUUUUGUUCAUUUUCUCGAAUGGGACAAGGAACUUGUAUGGGGGAUUCAGGUGGUCCUAUUGUUAUGGGUGAUUAUCAAGUUGGAAUAGCUGCAGCUGUUCAUUAUUAUGGAUGUGCUAAAGGAUAUCCAGAUAUUCAUACCAAUGUCUAUCUAUUUGUUGAUUGGAUUAAAUUUAAAAUUAAAAGAAAAGACCCUUAUGACACUUAUUUAGUUGCUGGUUCAAGUAAUCAUAAACGUGGAAAUGUUUAUGAAAUAAAAGAUGUCAUCACACAUCCAAAUUAUGUUUACCAUACACCUGAAUUCGAUAUAGCUCUUGUUGAAAUGUUUGAAACCUUUAUUUUUACCUCUACAUUACAUGCAGUUACUCUUCCCCAGAGUAAUAUGAUUAGCGAUGGUGCACGAGUUGUUAUAAGUGGAUGGGGCCAAAAUGGGAAUACUCCAGGAGCUUCUAUUAAUUUAAAUAUUUUAAAUAGUAAAAUUUUUAAUCAUGCAUCAUGCGAAAAAUAUUAUCCAAAUUUAAAAACAAAUUUUUGUACAUUUACUAAGUAUGGAGAAGGAACUUGUCCUGGUGAUUCAGGUAGUCCAGUUGUGAUGGGUAAUUAUCAAGUUGGAUUAGUAUCAUCUGGAAUGGAGGAAUUUUCAAAUCCUGAAGAAUUAAAUAAUUCUGUAGUAGAGAAUGGUGAAAUUAUAGGAGAAUUUAAAGAUGGAAAACUAAUAAAAGCUGAUGGUAUUCCUUUUCAAGUUUCGUUACAAUCAUAUGGUCAUCAUUUUUGCGGAGGUACAAUAAUAAAUUCUAAAUGGGUAUUAACAGCUGCUCAUUGUUUCGUAAAUAUUCCCCUAGAACAUAUGGGGGCCCUUGUUGGUACAAAUAAUGUAGGACAAGGAGGUUACUUUUAUCAUGUAAGAAAUGUUAUAAUUCAUCCUGAUUUUCAUUUACGAACUAUGCUUAAUGACAUAGCUUUAGUUGAAAUUCACAACCAAUUUACAUUCACGUCUGAUGUGAAACCGAUUGCACUUCCAAAUGAGAAUGUUAUUCAUGAUAAUGAUCCAGUUGUUUUAUCUGGAUUUGGCACAAAAGAAUUUAAUGGAGUUUUUGAAACUCAGCUACAAUAUUUAAACACUGUAAUUAUCAACAGUACAAUUUGUGAAAAAUCAGUUCCACAUCUUUCAAAUACUCAAUUUUGCACAUUUACGAGAUUGGGAGAAGGAAUAUGUCAGGGUGAUUCUGGUGGUCCAGUAGUACUGGCAGGAAAAUAUUUAGUUGGAGUUAUUUCAAGAGGUUUACCAUGUGCACUCGGAGUUCCAGAUAUUCAUACAAAUGUAUAUGAUUAUUUACCAUUUAUCAACAAACAUAUUUCUCCAAAUAAGAAAUAAGAAUAGAAGAAGAUGUUAAAAUCAAAAGUAAGAGAUAAUAAAAGUGAGAACUUUAAUUAAAGCCGAAGAAUCACAUUUUAUUAUUACUAUUUUUUUGAUUGUAUUAAAAAAUUUCUGUAAACAAAAAGGAUUUUUAAUAAAAUGACUAUAAUUUCUGUAAA